CUUGAUGGCCCGUGUCAUGUCUGUCUGUCCAUGACUUAUUAUUUUACAUAUCCAUUUUUCUGCGCGGUGGUAGCAGGGGGCACGGAGUCAUAAGACGAGGCUUUUUUGAACAACCCUAGGCCUCGCUUCUGGGCGUGUUUCUCGUCCUCACCUACAGCGGGAGGCAUGUCAUCACACCAGACGUGAUUUCGCAAGAGGAAGGAUUUAAUCGAGUGAGCUGCAGUCCGCCCCUUUCUCUCUCUUUUUUUGUGUGCUAGCCCCUCGUCUCUCUCUCUCAAUACCCGUUUGUGGCGUAAUCGUUCUCUCGUCCGUGGUGUGCCGUGAGUGCAGAGGCCUCCUUGUUUUCUCUCUCUCUCAGAGAGCGCCGGUCAGGACUUCGUACUCCCCCCCCCCCACCACCCACAGCCAAACGAGGAGCGACGGAGGGCGUAGCAUCCAGGCGAGGGGAGCCAUUUUCUGAGCGGCCUCCAAGGGCGAGCAUGACGGGCGGGAUAUAAAUGAGCAGAAAGGGAGAGACGAGUCACCACCCAGCCCCUGCUCUCACCUUCACCCCGCUUUCUGCGCCCACUCCCCCGGGGUGUUUCUUUCCGACUCCAGAGGAGAACGUGAACAGACCAGGGGCAAGAUGAGUUUUGGAAACGUGCCGUCCAAGGCGGAGGUCAUGAACUGGAACCCGCCGCGGCUGGCAGACUACAUGAGGAAGCUGGACCUGUCAGGAUGUGACAAGGUCAUCAUGAAGUGCAGCAUGAAUGGGCCGAGGUUCCUGAACAUGUCGGACAACGACCUUCAGAAAUUCCCCAAACUUCACGCCCCGCUGAUCUCCAAAAUUUGCCAGGAAAUCAACAAGAAAGAAGAGAAGAGGGGAUUUUUUCAGAAAAAAUCAACACCGUAUAAGUAUACAGAGCCAGCUGCUGUUCCGGAGGAUGUUGGCUGGGACUCUGAAGAGUUUGACCCAAGUGACGAUGACUAUGAGAGCCCGAACGCAGACGACGAUGAAGAGGGCAGCGGGGGAGAUUAUGAAUCCCCGAACGAGGACGAGCCCAAUAUGGUGCGGGGAGGGGCUGAAAGCGACAAUGACAACGACUACGAGCCGCCCCCAUCCGAACCCCCUGAUGAACUACCCCGUCAGAUCUGCCCCGCCAAGCCUAUGGAGGACAGCCAGUACAUAGAUAAUAACCGGAACCGUGGCAUGUCUGUGAAGGCGCCGAACAGCCAGCCCCCCAUUCCCCCUCAGCGCCCCAGCCCUGGACCGCCCCUCCCUGCCAGCAUCCGCCCCAGCCUGGCCGGGCCCACCCCUCCCCGCCGCGAGCAGUCCCCUCAGAGGCCCCUAAGAUCUUCCAAGCCCUCCCCCGGCCCCCCUGCCCCCCAGGUGGAUCGCAGCAAGAAGCCCACCACUCUGGAGCGCUGUCUGCCUGGACUCCCAGAGAGAGAGUCCCCGCUGCCAGAAAGGAAGUCUGCUGGUGGUGGGAGGUCUGGUACACCACCCAGGAGACCUCCAGUAGUAGAUAAACCCCGAGACCCACCUCUGAUGAUGGCCAAACCUCCCAUCCCAGGACCAGCAGUCAGCAGGAGUGCCUCUUCUGUGAGCCGACAGACACUCACCACCAGGCCCUUUGACCAAAGAAAUGACUUUCAGGAUGAUGUGCCCAAACCACCGCUUCCAGGUGCCUUCAACUCCAACACCUUUCCCCUCCCCUCCAGGAGCCUGCCCCCUCGGCCAGGGCUCCCCGGCGCCCCUCUUCCUGGUGACAGGUAUGUGCCAUCUCCCUCCAACAUGCCCCCCAAUAUCCCUUCCAGUGCAUCCCUCCCCUCCAGACUGCAGCCAGGUGUGAACGUUCACCGUUCCAGCUCGAGGGGUGAGGCGGACCGAAUCCUGAGGCCGCCCCCACAACCCCAGCGACCUCCAAUCCCUGACCCUGAGCCAGAGGACGAGCAGGAUCUGGACCCCCACUGGUACGUUGGCCAGGUGACACGGCCGCAGGCAGAGGACUGCUUGAGACGGAUCAACCAGGAUGGAACGUUCCUGGUCCGGGACAGCUCAAAGCGCUCCUCCAGUCAGCCCUACACUCUCAUGGUGCUGUACCAGGGCAAAGUCUACAACAUCCAGAUCCGCUACCACAGCGAGCAGGACUCCUUCCUGCUGGGAACCGGCUUCAAGGGUCGUGAGAACUUCCAGGGGGUGAGGGACAUCAUCGAGCACCACAUGCACAUGCCGCUGCUGCUGAUCGAUGCGAAGGACCGCGGGUCGGGACAACAGAGGCAGUGCUUACUGACACACCCAGCAGGUUACUGACCACCCCCCUCCAUUCAUCUGCGGGACAGGCGAGCCGCAGCACCAGAUAGUCACAUUUGGGAUGGGUGCAACGGACAAUUCUCUAAAAUAUUAAAAGGACAAAAGGCUUCAUUUGAAGAAUUGCUGGAGAGAGAACACACUGCUCUUAGCAUGGUAAGUUGCUGUGUCUGGCUUCACAGGGUGUGGAGUCUGACACAGGCAGCCAGCAGGGGGUGCUCUCACACCAGUAUGGCACAAAUACAUAUUUUGAUGAAAACAUGUGCCUCUUGCCAUUGACCACGACUAAAUAUUUAAUGUUUUGUCUUUCUUCAAACCAAGUAUUUUUUUCUGUAAUUUAAGUUGAUUUGUCAUACUCAUUUUGUAAAGGCUUGUGUAGCUGGCUACCCAGGUGCGUGGUGCUGAGGAGCAUUCAAACUUCGUGGUGUGGCACAAACAAUGAACACAGCAAGGCGAGUUCAUAAAUCUAACUGUAAUGGCACCACACUAUCUUUUCGAGAAAAGUGAGAUGUACAAACUUUC